AUGGCUUGGACCCUGGAUAGUUCUCAUCGCGAUCCGGAGAAAGGAGAAAUCGCCAAGGCCGGGCCAGUCGAAAUUGCCAUUGGGCAGGACGCAGAGCGGCAGGACGCAGAGCGGCAGGACCACGAACCUGAAGCAGUUCGGGUUGCACGCAACGUGACCGGACUGGGCGAUCCUCAUUGCCAGCAUAAGGAAGACGAAAAGGAGCGAUUAUUGGAGCCGAUGGAACGAGGGCAGGAGGCCAAGGGUACCAAUGAAGCAAAGGACGAAUGGGAAAGACCUGAUGAGGACAACGACUUUAGAAUCAGUUUUGCGGAGCUGCAGCGUAUGCGUCUGCAAAAAUUGCAGUGCAGAUUGGUCAGGCAUGUGGCAAAUAUGAAGAAUAGCAGCAGAGAGCCUGACGGGUGGGAAGAAGAUCUGGAGGCCUACAUCAAGGCCAUCCAGGACUAUGACUAUAUGGUGACCUGCAGCCAGCGUCCAAGGGACCCCUUUCUGGUUACAGGAGAACGAAAGAUAGACUCCUAUGUGAUCCACUCAAUCCUCCGUGGUUCGCUGAACGGCGGUUUCGGACGUCCUAUACCUGUUGAUAACCCCUGGGAAAAUGACAACCAGCCCAUCGGUGGAACGAGAAACGCCACGCUGGCGAAGAGCUGGAUCGACGGCUUCAAGGAACGACUUAUCAUAGCCACAGUGGCGGGCUUCUUCCUCAUUGGGCCCAUGUGGCUCAUGGUGCUGCACGACACGCUGUACACAACUCUGGGGUCGACCACGGCGUUUGUCACGGCUUUUGGUAUUGCCAUGGCGUGGUUUUUGGACAAGCCCAAGGAGGUGAUGUCGGGGACUGCGGCUUAUGCUGCCGUUCUUGUCGUCUUCGUGGGUUUGGCCGUUGAUUGA